AUGACAGAUGAAUUAGUAACGGAUAAUGAGAUACAAUCUUUUGAACAGAUUUUAAUGUAUAUUACAACUGGCUCAACGUUGCAACUGGAACAACGUUAUUACAUGCUUAAAAAUUUAUUAACAGCGGCUGAUAAGUAUGAUGUACCAACUUUGAAAUUAGCAUGUGAACAUUAUUUAUUACGCCAUAUUACGUUUGAAAGUGCUGUGGAACUUAUACAGCUUGCGAUCUUGUCUAAUGCAAAAUUUUUAGAAACGCAUUCGGCAUCUUUUAUUAAACUUCACAUAAAAGAAUUUAGGGACACUAAAGCAUUUCAAAGUCUAUCGCAAGAAAAUUUAAGUAAGAUAAUGGAAUAUAUUGAGAAAAGUAAACCACUUGAAAUCAGCACUCGUAAAUUUUCGUCACCAUUUAUGACAGAUAAGAAAUUCACAUUGGCUAAUAUUGGAUUCACGUAA